AUGUUAAAACGUGUAAAUAACACAAUGAACUAGAUCGGAUAAGAUAUGAUCCAAUUAGUACAAUACCUUUAUGAAAUAUCAAUAGAUAAAUAGGAUGUAUGCAAAAUUAAGUUCUUGUAGCAAUAGCUAGAUAGGAUGUAAGCAAAAUUAAGUUCUAAAUACGAUCUUUAGAAAUUCAUUCAUGGAUUAGUAAAUAUCGUUCCAAUGCGUGGCGAUUUUGAAGGGUAUUUAUAAAUGAAUGAAUUUAGAGACAAUUAAAAAAGAGCUGAUUUAAUAGUUGAAAGAUUGAUUUCUAACCAAUGAAGGAAAAAGAAAAAUAUCAAUCUAUCCGUAAUGCAUCAAAU